AUGUCGAACGCCGACUUGACAGAAUAUGACUACAUCAAUUUUGGUGAUCUAGAUUCAGAAUCAAAACGAUUUUGGAUUUCUGUCUUGAUUUUCGCCAGCAAUUUCAAAUUUUUUCUUGGAUAUGCAAGUUUCGUGAUCGCUAUCUUCGGAUUAUUCGGCAACAUUUUCCAUUUAGCAGUGCUCACACGGAAAUCUAUGAGAAACUCUUCAGUAACUGUAUUCCUAAUUGGAAUUGCAAUUUGUGAUCUCGUUCGAAUGAUUGGCACAGUUUUCUCAAAUUUACAAAUGUUUUAUGAAGAGUUUGUAUUGCUUAAUACUCCAGAGAAUUGUGUGGCUCCAAAAUCCUAUCUGGAAAUGUUAAUUCUUCUAACUUUUAGUUCAUUAGAAAUGAUUGCAUCGGACUUGCCAGUUUGGUUUGCAGUUUUUAUGACAAUCUUUCGUGCUCUGGUCAUGCGUUACCCCUUGCAACAGCGCUCAACUCACUCGUCACUUCGAAAGCUGGUCUUUGGGCAGUCAUUCCUAUUCCCGUUAUAAUGUUACCAUUUAUGUUUCUUAUUCAAUAUCAAGUAACUAUCGAGCCAAUUUCCAGUUGGCAACCGUCUCCAACUUGCUUAGGUUUCCCGUCCAACUUUACUCAAAUCGAGUAUUAUUAUAUGGCAACUGAACUGCUUGAAGUAUUGUUAAAUGUUGAUGGAAUAUUAUUCAAGUUUAUUCCAUCGGUAGUUCUGUCGAUUGCAACUUUAGUAUUGGUUUUUGAGCUCCGAAAAUGGAAAAAUGUCAAAAUUACAAUUAGAAAGAAAAGUGACAAGGAAAAAACAUCGAAAUUAGUAAUAUUUGUCACUUUAACAUUUCUCAUUGCUAGCAUACCACAAGGCGUCUCCUACAUUAUUAUUUUUCAAAGUUUAGAGGGCUCUAUUUUCAGAGUUAUAGUUAAUGAAUUCUCCAUUAUAUAUUCAUUUUUAUCAAUAGUUAAUGGCACUAUUCAUUUUCUAAUUUCCUACUUUCUGGCAUCUGAAUACCGAAAAGCGGCAAAACGAAUGUUAUUAUUUUGGAAAAAUGACGUUUCAGUCUCAAAAGUUUCGUCAGUCAAUACUGCGAAUAUAAAUAUGAUAACACGGAACAACAUAAUUUAG